AUGGAUCUAUCUAAAGCCGAGGUAUCUAUCUAUCUAUCUAUCUAUCUUUUGCGGGCAUCUAUCUAUCUAUUUCAUUUCAGUCUUUUGAAAACUCAUCUAUCUUGUGCAUCUGAUCUAUCUAUCUAUCUAUCUAUCUAUCUUCAGUUAUUUCAAAUAUCUAAAAAAUCUUUUAAACAAGAAAUUGUCUAUCUAAGAAGAAAUAUGGAAUCUAUCUCAUUUCAAGUCUCUCAUCUAAUCUAUCCAUCUAUCUAUCCUAUAUCUAUCUAUCUAUCUAUUUCAUUUCCCUCAGGUCUCCAGUCUAAACUAUUCAAUCUAAAGUAUCUAUCUAUUUCUUUUUUGUUUUUAUCUAUCUAUCUAUCUAUCUAUCUAUCUAUCUCAUUUCAUUCUCAUCUAUCUAUCUAUCUAUCUAUCUAUUUCUAUCUAUUUCAUUUAUCAAAUCUAUCUGUCGAAUCAUCUAUCUAUCUAUCUCUUUCAGUUUUCUAUCUAUAUCAAUCUAUCUAUCUAUUUCUAUUUUAUAAUCUCUAUCUCUAUCUAUCUAUCAAUCUAUUCUUUCUAUCUAUUUAUCUAUCUAAUCUAUUUCAUUUCAAAUAUCUAAAAAUCAUCUAUCUAUCUAUCUAUCUAUAUAUCGAUCUAAAAUUUCAUAAAUUUAUUCAGUUCAAAAUCUCAUCUAUCUAUCUAUCUAUCUAUCUAAGUGUGGAGACUGAGUUGUCGGGACCGGAGAAGAAGUCUUAUAUUAAUAUCUAUUUAUAUUUGUGUCUAUCUAUCUAUCUAUCUAUCUAUCUAUCUAUCUAUCUAUCUAUCUAUCUAUCUAUAUUAAUAUCUAUCUAUCUAUCUAUCUAUCUAUCUAUCUAUCUAUCUUUCUAUCUAUGUAACUAUAUUAAUAUCUAUCUAUCUAUUCAUGGCUGA